AUGACCUCUCCCAAGCCCAUUCUCGUGCUUGGUGGUACCGGCAAGCAGGGUGGCAAAGUCAUCGACACAAUCCUAGCCUCCGACUCCAAAGCCAACUUUACCAUCCUCGCUCUCACCCGGAAUCCUGACUCCCCCUCCGCUAAAGCCCUCGCGGCCAAAUCCACCAUCAUAAAACUGGUCAAGGGCGACCUCGACGAUACUCCCAACGUCUUCAAAGCCGCUCUCGAGGCUUCGGAUGGUCAACCCAUCUGGGGCGUUUUCAGCGUCCUGCAAGCUGUUCAGGAUGGGGCUACACAGGAACGCGAGACCAAGCAGGGGAAAGCUGUGGUGGAUCAAGCUAUCGCCCACAACGUCCAGAUCUUCGUCUACACCUCUGUCGACCGAGGCGGAGAACACCCAACCUAUGUGCCUCAUUUCAUUAGCAAACACGACAUCGAGACCUACCUUAAAGCCAGAGCUGCCGAUGCCAAAAUGCAAUACACCAUCCUCCGCCCCGUCGCCUUCAUGGACGGCUUGACCCCCAACUUCAUGGGCAAAAUCCUCACCACAUGGAUCAAAACCGGCCUCAAGCCCUCCAAACGUCUUGCUUACGUCGCUACAUCAGACAUUGGCUUUUUCGGUGGUCAGGCUUUCCUGCAGCCCGAUAGCCCGGAGUAUAAGAACAAAGCCAUCAGCUUGGCAGGGGAUGACUUGACGUUCGCGCAGUUGAGCCAGAUUUUUAAAGAGAGGAUGGGGUACGAGAUACCGACUACGUUUGAAUUUUUGGCGAUAUUCAUCAAGUGGAUGGUAAAGGAAAUGAACGUCAUGUUUCAGUGGUUCGAUGAGGAAGGAUACAAUGUGGAUAUACCGAAGCUGAGGAGGAUGAAUCCCGGAUUGAAGGAUUUUGGGACCUGGUUGGAGACUGAGAGUGGGUUUCCGAAGAAGAAGUAA